GUUAAAGGGAGGAGACGGAGAGUGACACGCCUCAUUGGGUAGAUUAUGUGCCGCAAACAAAAAGUGUGUGUCGGCGCGCCAGUCAGCCAGAGCAGCGGCCCCAUCUGCGCCUCUCUCUCCCCGUCGGUCACUCCCAGCCUCGACGCGUAUCUGCAGCAGCGGCGCUGUCACUGUCGCCGCACCGGGGGGGAUGUACUGACACUACGGAGCGAACCGGGAGCGCGCCACCGGCACCGGCACCGGCACCUCCGCCCGCGCCCCCUGCGUGGUAACGGGCUGCUUCCUUCUGCACACGGCUUUUGACUCGCAGCGUCGCUCGCCCUGUGGAUUAUUGUUGCUCUCCGUCGACUGAAAGCGUGAAAUGGAGGAGUCCAGCUCGCAGAAGUUGGCGUGGGACGGAGACGCCAAAGCGGUGCAGCAGUGUCUGACGGACAUCUUCACCAGCGUCUACACCACCUGCGACAUCCCGGAGAACGCCAUCUUCGGCCCGUGCGUUCUGAGCCACACGUCGCUCUACGACAGCAUCGCCUUCAUCGCCCUGAAAUCCACCGACAAACGCACAGCGCCUUACAUCUUCCGGGUGGACACAUCCGCGGCCAACAGCACCUCCGAGGGCUUGAUGUGGCUGCGUCUGGUUCAGUCGGCCCGGGACAAGGAGGAACAGAACCUGGAGGCGUACGUGAAGAACGGGCAGCUCUUCUACCACUCGCUGCGUCGGAUCGAGAAGGACGAGGAGCUGCUGGUGUGGUACGGCAAAGACCUCACGGACCUGCUGCUGCUCAGCGCCAGCCGAGCGCCGCCCAAGAGCAAAGGUUCGUCCCACCACUCGUGCCCAGACUGCAGCCAGCGCUUCCAGUUCGAGUUCCCCUACUUGGCCCACCUGCGCUUCCGCUGCACCAAAAGACUGCAGACCAUCACAGGGGCUGACGAGGAGCCCAGCAAGGAGCCCGGCGCCGAGCGACCAAACACAACUCCAACCAGGACCAGCCCCAAACUGGGCCGCUCCGAGGGCUUCGUCAGCCCCCAGGACAGCAACAAACCCUCCACAGACUUUCACAACCUGGCCAGGGAUCUAGAAAACAACCGGACCAGUCCACCGAGCGACAAGGAGGCCGAGAUCUGCAGCGAGAGCUCGGGGAAGAGGAAGUUUUCGGACGUGGACGACAGGGAGUGCCGAGCGCCUGGCCUCCCCCAGACCAAGUCCAAGGAUGAGCUGGCCACGUCGGCCCAGAACUACAGAGGCGUGUACGGCCUGGAGGAGAACCACAGGGCCUUCUCCCCGCCGGGCUCCACAGAACUCAGUGAGGGCAAGCGCAGUGCCUUCACCGAGGUCAAGAAGUCGGCCCAGAACCUCAAACACCACAGCGGCAGCAAAAACCUGCCGAGCGCCAACUCCGAGAACAAGGACGGCGGCCGCUCCGGCAGCACCCCCCCAGAGAAGCCGCUCAGCAUCCGGCAGGUGCUGUCGGAGACGCAGCCGCCCCAGACCUCGCCCAUGGGCAGCGCCUUCACCUCCGUGGGCCAGCAGGGCGGCGGCGGCGAGCGCAAGAGCGCCUUCAGCCAGCCGGCGCGGUCCUCCUUCUCCCAGAUCUCACCGCUGGUGAUGCCGCCCAAGCUGCUGGACUGCCACCCGGCCGUGGGCGACACCAUCUCCUCCAACAGACUCUACCAGGCCGACCACCUGGCCGCCAAGCUGCAGGGCGCCGAGCUGGGGGCCAACUGCCCGGUGCCGGGCGGCAUGGCCAAGCAGAACCCCUUCGUCUACGCCACCACCUUCUGGCCCAAGAACUCCGGAGCCAUCCAGCUUCAGAUGCCCUCGGCGCUCACCCUGCUCCCGCCCUCCUUCACCUCCCUUUGCUUGCCGGCGCAGAACUGGUGUGCCAAGUGCAACGCCUCCUUCCGCAUGACCUCAGACUUGGUUUACCACAUGCGCUCCCACCACAAAAAGGAGUACUCCAUGGAGCCUCUGGUCAAGAGGCGGCGCGAGGAGAAACUCAAGUGCCCCAUCUGCAACGAGUCCUUCCGGGAGCGACAUCACCUGUCACGUCACAUGACCUCCCAUAACUGACUCACAGACUAGGAGGGACUAGGAGGGACAAACGGGGACCUCCGUGAUCCUGCCUGGAUUUAAGCCACUUCACCAGACACGAACACCCUUGCACUUGUUUUCACUUUGGACAUUGAUCUUCUGAAUCCUUUUCAGUCCAUCCACUUCUUCUCCCUGUAACAAAAUGUCAUGUUUGAGUGUAUGCAAAUGCGUUUUGACUUCAAGAGUGAAUUUAUUUAUGAAGCACUUCUAAGUUUGAGAAUAGCGUGUAAAUGUACAGUAAGUUGAAUUUUAUAUCAUAUAAAUGCAAAUAUAGAGAAGAAUUCCACAUGUAGUCACACGUCACGCUUUGCAGCGGGUUUUUCAUGAUGUGAUGGACAUGGACACAAACUGGGGAUAUUAUCAGACUAUAUUUCAGAGUGCAUGUAAUAUUAAAUAAUAUUGAUUUAAGAUGCAGUCUAUACAUUACCAUGUAAAUAGUUUGUUUAUUUGGAAUACAAAGUGUAAUAUUUUGUGUCAGUGGGGAAUAGUUUCAGUGUUUCUUCCUUUUGCGGAAAUUUACUACUUGAUAGUUUAUCUAAUCAUGUUGAAUGCAUUGACAAUAAAAUAGCUUUAUUUUCAA